UGCCAUAUUGAGCAACAGCGGAUGUUCUUGGUUAGGACAAGAUUGUAUCAAGCUAGUUAACGUUAGCUGGUGAGGCUUUUCACUUUCACUUCUUGAAAAAUAACAAGUGAUCCCGGCAAACUGAAAUCAAGGGACUAAAUUGUUCAAUUUGUCCUUGUGCCGUAUUAUCGCCGUUUGACUAUUGAACAGAAUAACGUCAACAGGGAAGGAUGGCCUCCCGUAAGAAGGUGCUGCUGAAGGUGAUCAUCCUCGGAGACUCUGGGGUUGGGAAGACUUCUCUGAUGAACCAGUAUGUAAAUAAGAAGUUCAGCAACCAGUACAAGGCCACUAUAGGAGCUGACUUCCUCACCAAGGAGGUGAUGGUGGACGACAGGCUGGUCACCAUGCAGAUCUGGGACACUGCAGGGCAGGAGCGGUUCCAGUCUCUGGGCGUGGCGUUCUACCGUGGCGCUGACUGCUGCGUGCUCGUCUAUGAUGUCACGGCGCCCAACACCUUCAAGACGCUGGACAGCUGGAGGGACGAGUUCCUGAUCCAGGCCAGCCCCAGAGACCCAGACAACUUCCCCUUUGUGGUGCUAGGCAACAAGAUUGACCUCGAGAACAGACAGGUGACGACAAAGCGUGCCCAGGCCUGGUGUGCCAGUAAGAGCAGCAUCCCCUACUUUGAGACCAGCGCUAAGGAGGCCAUCAACGUAGACCAAGCAUUCCAGACCAUUGCCCGCAAUGCCCUUAAACAGGAGUCUGAGGUGGAGACGUAUGACUUCCCAGAACAGAUCAAACUGAGAGACGACCGGCCCUCCUCCUCCAGCGACGGCUGCUCCUGCUGAGACCAACAACGGAUGGAUGGAUGGAUGGAGAGGAGAGAGGACCAGGAAGACAUGGGGUGCAUCUCAAUAGUAUUCCUUGUCCCCUUUACCUCCUUUGCACUGGUGUGAAAGACUGGGACAGGUGAAGCUAAUUCGGAGGCCAUCUCCCACAUAGCCUUCCCCUGUCCUGUGUUCUCACAUCAGUGCAGAUGUAGAGGAGUCGAGGGGAGAUUGAGAUGCACCCCAUGGAAAGAGACUGGGGACAACAACCCCAGUCGAUGCCCCCCCCCAUCCUCUCCCCUCAGUCAGCUACAGAAGAUUCCAGAUGACAAAAAGAAAACACUUAUUUUUCUUAACUCCCUGUCUCCGGUGGCGACCUGUCCGAGAGGAAGGAGAGGAGAAAGCCCAUCUUGCACAGCAUCACUUUUUAAUAAGAUAGAAGAAUCGUUGAUACUAUGGAAAAUACAAUCAUGAUGCUCGUAUUAUAAUGAUUUCUAAUGAUGUUGUCAUGUCUUUUGUUCUGGUAGUUUUAAAUUUUCCUUGCUAUUAUACUGAGGUACAGACUGCUCAUCUGUCUGUCUGUCUGUGAUCCAGGUAGACAUUCUCCUUAACUAUAGAUCUAGGAUCAAUUACUAUUUCCCACAGAACCUAACCUUAACAAUUAGAGGGAUUGAAAACGGAUCCUGUGUAAGUGUUAAGGAGAAAGUUGUACCUACUCUACUCGCUCUGUGCCUUUCAUCUCAUGACAAGUAUUACUGUGGCAGAUAUCUAUAUAUACAGUAUAUAUAAUGUGUGUUCUUUGUUAUUUUUCUGCCUUUCUGCAGUCCUUAUGUUGCCAAACUGUGUCAACCCUAGACCUUUUCUUUGACAUGUUUAUCAUUGAACCAGUUCUCUUCCAUUUGUUUGUCUGUUUUAAACAGUUGUGUAGAGAGUGCUAAGCUAACCAGAUACAGUGAAAGUAAAUUUGCAAUUAGAAUACAGCAGAACAGCAACCCUCUGCAGUGUCAGUUCUGAGUUUAGGUUCUGUUCUCCUUUUAUACUGUAUUUAGUUAUGUACAUUUAUUGUUUUGUUAUCUUAUACAUGCUACACAUUACUAUAUCCCUGUACAUUGGCUGUAAAUCCUCGAGUCCCAAGUCAAACCCGAACCCCCUCCUCAAGGCCCCUAAUAAAUCUAAACAGACCUGAUUUGUGUAAGCAGUAUAAUACUACAAUAGUUUCUGUCAUAUUAUUUACACCACUUGUCAGGUCUAGGAGGCUAUCUAGAAGUGUCUAGGGAAAGGAGUAGGGUCUCAAGUGUUGAUUUGGGAUGUCCUCUGCCCUAACAGUAGAGUCCCAGCCCAGACUUGCAUUCCACUGUGUCUUAAAUCUGCCCAUCUACACCAUCAACUAGUGUCGCUCUAUAUUCAUGUAACAGAAAUGAAAAUGUUCUUAAACCAAUUAACAAAAAUCCUUAGUCCUAUCUACGUGAUCAUUUAGCACAACUUCUACAAUUGUCAUCUUUUGUUGAAUAUACUCAUUUUCUCCACCGUAAACACAAAUAAAUGUAGACUUUAUGGAAA